AUGACUCCCGGUUCCCAGCUCCCCGAAAUCUCGAAACCCGUAGGAAACUACUCUCUGGGGAGAUUAAUUGGCAAGGGCUCUUUUGGAAAAGUGUAUCUCGCGACUCACAAGCUCACCAAUGGCUCCAAGGUUGUUCUCAAGUCCUCUAGCAAGGAGGAUACCAACCUCGCGCGUGAGAUUCACCACCACCGCCAAUUCCUCCACCCUCACAUUGCCCGUCUCUACGAGGUUGUCGUCACAGAAGAGUUAGUCUGGCUUGUGUUGGAAUUCUGUCCUGGCGACGAACUCUAUAAUUACCUUCUCCGCCAUGGCCCGCUGCCCGUCGACAAAGUAAAACGGAUCUUUACCCAGCUGGUUGGCGCAGUGGCGUAUGUCCAUAGCAAGUCGUGUGUUCAUCGGGAUCUCAAACUGGAGAAUAUUCUGCUGGAUAAGCACGAGAACGUCAAACUGUGUGAUUUUGGAUUCACACGCGAGUAUGAAGGAAAGGCCAGCUACCUGCAGACUUUCUGCGGGACCGUCUGUUACAGUGCUCCGGAGAUGCUGAAAGGAGAGAAAUAUGCUGGUGAAAAGGUCGACGUAUGGAGCUUGGGCAUCAUCCUUUAUGCGCUAUUGGCGGGCGAACUACCAUACGACGACGACGACGAUCAAGUCACUAAGAAACGCAUUCUCACGGAGGAUCCCAUCUACAACGACAAGUUCACGGAUGAGGCAAAGGCCUUGGUCAACCUUCUCCUUUCGAAGCGGCCGUUGAUCCGACCGAGCUUAGAAGACAUCCUCUCGCAUCCUUUCCUCUCUGAACACGCCCCCGAGCAGCUCGCUAUUCUCAAAAUCCCUCAGCCUUCUCCAUUUACCACACCUCUGGAGAAAACGACCCUACAGCGAAUGAAGAGCGCAGGAGUCAACAUUGACGAGGUUAUUGAGAACGUCCUGGCGCAGCGAUGUGACCCCUUGGCUGGGUGGUGGGCCCUGCUGAUUGAGAAAGAGCAACGGAAAGAGAAAAAGCGGGAGAAAAAAAGACAGCAACGAGAGGUGGAAGCGAAAAACUUGCGCCGUCUUAGCGCCGCAAGCAGUCGCCUAGAAAAGCUGUCAGCCGCUCUGGUUGAGGUAGAUGAGGAGGGGCAUGCCAACUCAGAUAGCCAGCUCCACGAGCGUGGACGCCGAGACAGGCGAAGCCUUCCAUCUCAACUUGCAGUCCCCGAGCUACCCUCGCUACCGGAGCCUCUACCUGUACGCGCGCCAGAAGUGACAACUCCGCGGUCGGUCGACAAGGAAUCGAUACGUUCCAACUCAACAAUGCGCCGUCGUCCUAUUCCCCCGCCAAAGGACAAGAGACGAUCCUCCCGACCCAGCAUGCUACAUGUCAGUGCAUCGCAGCCGGAAUUGACGCAGCACCAUGGUAUCUUCCGACGCCGUACCAAUAGGCGCCAUCAUCCGAUCAUCAGCCAGCUCGCACAGUUGAAACAUUGGUUUGCCGAAACCGCCAAACGCGCUCGCUCUCCCGGUUCCAAAUCGUCCGGAUCCCGCAAAUUCCUGUCAGAGAAAUUCAGUCCUGCGAAAAGUCAAGAUACUGGAAAGAAAGCCUCCUCCCCUUUGUCCGCGACUAAUAUACAACCCGAAGAAAUUGUAACGCCUACACAAAACAAACGAAUCUCUGCGGGGAGUAGCUUGGCUCCUAGCAGUGCGUCUUAUCGUCAGAAUCGGCACUCAUAUCCUCGUCAGCCACGUCCCUUAAAUACCGGCCACUCCAGCAUUCGCAGCAAUCGCAGCAAUCGCAACUCGCUGUCACCUUCGCCAAUUACUCCUCGCGGCUCGUACCGGCGAUCUUCGGCUGGACUGCGUGGACGGAAGUCUACAUCUUCCUCUGUAUCCUCGAUACGCAGCAUUCAUCACACCCGAGCUCAUUCCAAAGCGUCCUCGAUCUCAUCGAACAGCAUGGAUACCGUCGCAACACCAACCGCCAGAAUUUCCAAGUCUCCCCACAGUUCCAUCAAGGUUCUUCCCACCACGCCAGGCUCAUCGGCCCGCUUCCCCAGCAACAUUCGGCUUGUUCGUGGAACUGGGGGCGCUCCUAGAGAAGUUGUCAAUACUGGCGAAAUGUCGUCUGCGUUCAAUGAGGCUGCGCCUUCUACGCUACUGUACUCGCCUUCUUCAAGCUUGGUCUUCGCCCGGCGCAAGCGAUCCGCUUUCAAGGGACCGAUGAUUCACACAUCCAACCUCAUGGUGUCCUCCGGCAUGGUUCAUUCACCUGUUCCUGGCCAGCCAGUCGAAGGCAGUGAAUCUAUCCCUCCUAUUGGACGACCGGCAGCACGAAAGAGCCAAAUUAUCGAAGAGGAGGAAGAUGAUGGCUUCGAGGAUGAAAUUGAAGAGGUCGAGGAGUUCGAAGGAGAAGAAGAGGAGGAGGAAGAAGGUCGGGCUGAACACGGCGAUACUCUCCAGGAGAGUAGCCAGUCUAUCAAAGAGACUGCCGAAGCCACAGAGCCCAGUUCCCCUGCGUCAACCCACAAGAACGUCGUCGAGCCCGCGGCCGAAGUAGAAACUAGUCCGCCACGGCCCCCGCGCUCCUCGUCACUGCGCUCUCCCCCGCCUGAAACAGCCGCAGCAGUCGCAGCAGUCAUCGCCAACGAAACCGCCAACGACGACGCUGAAGCAUCUGCCAGCCAAAGUGCCGAGGUAAAUGCAACUGAUGACGCGGCUGCUACUAGUAAGCCUGUUACUUCCUCUGGUUAA